CUCGUACUAUUUGUCUUUGUGCCAUCCUGUUCUCCUGCUGAACGUCCAAAGUUCUUAACCCCAGUGGCGUUCGGUUUGGAAGUGCCGAGAUAUACUCGGUGAUCGAAAACAACUUCGUGGACAGGAUAGCGGACAGUAUUUGUGUAGGCCAAAGGCGGGCCAAGGAUCAGGAUGAGAGGGUUAUGCUCUUCUUGUUGAUGAAGCAUGGCAAGCAGUUCACGGGCGACUUGGUGAGAGAAGUAAAGGCAGCGGUCAGGAAAAAACUCUCGCCACGGCAUGUGCCAAAAUUCAUCUUCGAAACACCUGAGAUACCGUGUACUGUCAACGGAAAAAAGGUCGAGCUUUCGGUUAAGCAGAUCGUUUCGGGGGAAAUAGUUAAGCCAUCGGGGACGCUCGCUAACCCACAAAGCCUACAAUACUACUACCGGUUCGCGAAAGAUGAAAAUUUGGUCAUAGAGCCGCAAACAAAACUAUAGUAUAUAGUCACGGUAGUCCCCG